CGAAAUAUAAGUGCGUCAUACCAAAUUAUCGAACGCGUUUUAUGCUUGCGGGCCUCCGUAGCGCUCUGACUGUUGGCACUUGGCAUCAUACAGCCGGUGCAACGCAGCAUUUCACCGUUAAAAACAGCCAGUUUGGAUCAGAACAAUGAGUCGGAGUUAUAACGAUGAGCUGCAGUACCUGGAUAAGAUCACCAGCAACUGCUGGAGGAUUAAAAAAGGUUUUGUUCCCAACAUGCAGGUUGAAGGAAUCUUCUACGUUAAUGAUUCACUGGAGAAACUGAUGUUUGAGGAGCUUCGUAACGCCUGUCGAGGAGGAGGUAUUGGUGGAUUCCUGCCGGCCAUGAAACAAAUCGGGAACGUGGCGGCGCUGCCGGGGAUCAUACAUAGGUCCAUCGGGCUCCCAGACGUUCACUCCGGAUAUGGAUUUGCUAUCGGAAACAUGGCGGCCUUUGACAUGAACGACCCCGAUGCUGUGGUGUCUCCAGGUGGCGUUGGUUUUGACAUAAACUGCGGCGUCCGUCUGCUGAGGACGAACCUGGAUGAGCGCGACGUCCAGCCGGUGAAGGAGCAGCUGGCCCAGUCGCUGUUCGACCACAUCCCGGUGGGAGUCGGAUCCAAGGGAGUCAUCCCGAUGGGAGCCAAGGACCUGGAGGAGGCUCUGGAGAUGGGGGUGGACUGGUCCCUGAGGGAGGGUUACGCCUGGGCGGAGGACAAGGAGCACUGUGAGGAGUACGGCAGGAUGCUGCAGGCCGACCCCAACAAAGUGUCCUCCAAGGCCAAGAAGAGAGGCCUGCCGCAGCUGGGGACUCUGGGAGCAGGAAACCACUACGCUGAGAUCCAGGUGGUGGAUGAGAUCUACAACGACUACGCCGCCAAGAAGAUGGGUAUCGACCACAAAGGUCAGGUUUGUGUGAUGAUCCAUAGCGGCAGCAGAGGACUCGGACACCAGGUCGCCACAGACGCCCUGGUUGCCAUGGAGAAGGCGAUGAAGAGAGACAAGAUCAUAGUGAAUGACCGCCAGCUGGCGUGCGCUCGCAUCACAUCUCAGGAGGGUCAGGACUACCUGAAGGGCAUGGCGGCCGCAGGAAACUACGCCUGGGUCAACCGCUCAUCCAUGACCUUCCUCACCAGACAGGCCUUCUCUAAAGUGUUCGGCACGACACCGGACGACCUGGACAUGCACGUCAUCUACGACGUCUCGCACAACAUCGCCAAAGUGGAGGAGCACAUGGUGGACGGGAAGCAGAAGACCCUGCUGAUUCACCGCAAAGGCUCCACCAGAGCUUUCCCCCCGCACCACCCGCUCAUCCCCGUCGACUACCAGCUCACAGGUCAGCCGGUGCUGAUCGGAGGGACGAUGGGAACCUGCAGCUACGUCCUCACAGGGACCGAACAAGGCAUGACGGAAACAUUUGGCACCACCUGUCACGGAGCGGGUCGCGCUCUUUCUCGAGCGAAGUCCCGCAGGAACUUGGACUUCCAAGACGUCCUGGACAAACUGGCUGACAUGGGCAUCGCCAUCAGAGUGGCUUCACCCAAACUGGUCAUGGAGGAGGCUCCUGAAUCAUACAAAAACGUGACAGACGUCGUCAACACGUGUCACGACGCUGGAAUCAGUAAGAAGGCGAUCAAAUUGAGGCCGAUCGCUGUGAUUAAAGGCUGAAGCUGCAUGACGCCAUACAGACGGACAAUUCAUAAAAACACAGCAAACUGAAGACACUGCGACACAUGAGACUGAUGUGCAGGAGGCUCGAAAAGCAGAAGAUAUUUGCUGUUUUUUUGUUUUUUUUUGUUUGUUUGGUUUUGAUGUGGAGUGAAUUUAAGUUUGAGAGUGUGAAAUUGAGAAAAUGAAGAAAUUUUAUUUCUAACCCUGAAAAUAUUUUUUUUGUGUUGACGCCAAACCUGUGAUCCAAAUAAACCAGAUCACUUAACGCUGAAUUUAAGGUAGUAUUAUCAUUACAGUUUAUUGUAAAAUGCUCCGGAUAACGCAGCACAAACAAAUAUGCCUGUCCCUAAUAAAGGUCGGGUACAAACCAA